UUCGCCGCGUACGCAUUACACUGUAUCAUUUCUCUUUCGUCAAACGGUGGGAUUCACUGAUUCAGAACCUGGCGCCUAUUCAUCCCACCUCUGUACAAACCCCUCACUCCUGGAGGACGAGCCAAACCCACUUUGUUUACGUCUCCGAAAGAGCCCGUCCCGUGUGGAUUUGAUUCAAAUCAAUGACUCUCGCUCAACAGAACGCUUCGAAGUUAGCUACCCUACGCAGAAUAGAUCGCAAAGGUCAUAGGUGCCAGUGAUAAUAAUAAGCUCAAGGCUUUAAAUUUUCCAGGUUCAAUUCUGAGAGAAAAAACAUGAAGGCGAAUGCAACGUCGUCGUUUGUGAAAUCCUCAGCAGAACCAGAACUAAAGGAUGAAGUCGGUGUCUCCUCCACUUCCAUCUCAGUUCUUGAGGCACUUUUCGUACACCUGAUCUCUGGACUGGGCCUGGGUCUAGCCCUUCUGCUGGCCCACACUUUCUUCUCCAUCAACCUCGUCUCUCACCCCUCUCCCACUCUCCUUCUCGUCUCUGUUAUUGAGUGCCCAAUUGUGAUUCUUCUCUACAGUCGUUACCGGAAGAAUCGUGAUAAAUGCACGUACUUGAAAGCCGCGGGACGGGGGCUCCUAGGACUUCCUGUCGGGGCUCUGGUUAAUGCUUUGGGAGCUAUUGCAUUGGGCACACCUGUUGGCACUCAAUACUUUUUAAAGACCAUUAGCUGGUCUCUGAUGAUGUCAUUAUUCACUAUUGUGCCUGCAGUUACGGCAUUUGGUUCAUCGUGGAAGGAUUGGCAACGCAUAUUUGUAAACACAAAGCCAAUUGAAUCUUUAGGUUUUAUAAUUUGCCUACCGGCACAUGGAGCUGUCAUUGGAGCUUGGCUUGGGGCUUGGCCAAUGCCGCUUGAUUGGGAAAGACCAUGGCAGGAAUGGCCUAUUUGUGUGAGUUAUGGAGCCAUGGCUGGGUACCUGGUUGCCACGGUGGCCUCAUCUAGCCUUAUCCUCGCACGUGCCAGAUUUCAGCAUAUCAAACGAGACUAACGAGCAAGUCUUCCUUUGAUUAUUGCUACCUUGAAAAACAAACAAACAAACUAGAUGCAUUUCUGGACAUCCUUUCUUUUUACACCUUAAUAACUUCGGUUCAGAAGGCAUGGCCUUUGACCGGGUUUUGACUUUGAUUA